UCAAACUAGCUGCACUUGCUGUACACAGCUCAUUUAAAGGGUGGUCAAAGUAACUCAAGUACUUUGGCCAUCCACGCUCCUGUUCGGUGUGACAUCAGUUGACUAUUUUGGCUGAUUUGUUACCUCUUUACAAAAAAUAAAAUGGAGUGCAUCCGAAGCUUUUGCGGAAAGUGCUGGCAUUCUUGUAUCCACAGAAGAAAUGUGUUAACCCUUUUAAGUCUGACAGGUGUUUUCCUGGGUGUAGGUAUGGGUGCAAUUUUGAGGACCUACGCCAAGCUGACAAAGUUUCAAAGAAUCUAUAUCGGCUUCCCAGGAGAAAUACUGAUGCGGAUGCUUCAGUUGGUCACUCUUCCUCUCAUUGUGUCAAGUGUGAUAAUGGGAGUUUGUGGUGUAAGUGUUGGCAUAUCCAGAAGAAUCCCUGCGCGAGCGAUAAUAUACUUUGUCUCAACCACUGUUUUGUCUGUAGGUGUAGGAAUAUUGUUGGUAGUGGUGAUCAAGCCUGGGGUCAGUCAUGACACUGUUUUUGAUGAUGACGAUGAUGAAGCCUUCUCAACAGUCGAUGUCUUGUUGGAUCUAAUAAGAAAUAUGGUGCCAAAAAACUUGGUUCUGUCAAGCUUUAAACAGUACAAGACCCAGAAGGUGUUGGUGAACAUUGAAUCAGACAAUAACAAUUCUACCUCUGACACGGAAGAGACGCAAGUACGUCUAGUGGGCAAAUACAGUGAUGGACUUAAUACACUGGGGGUGAUUGGAAUGUCUUUUAUUUUUGGCCUGGCCCUCCGGAACAUGGGUGAAACAGGGAAACUCCUCGUGGAUAUCAUCAACGCCGUUAACGAAGCCACCAAGGAAGUGGUUAAGAUGAUAAUUGGCUUUUUGCCUAUAGGAGUAAUGUUCAUGACUGCAAGUUACGUCAUUGAGGUUGGGGAAAAGUGGGAUGCUGUCCUCAAACUGGGAAAGUUUACGGCAGUGGUUAUUACUGGGCUGUUCAUCCAUGCAGGAGUAAUUUUACCACUGAUCUAUGUCAUGUUUGUGAGACAAAACCCCUUUCCCAUCAUAAAAGGCGUUUCUCCGGCCUUGCUGAGGACCUUGCUCAUCUCACGCAGCCAUGCAGUCUCACUGACUUAUACGUGCUGUGAGGAAAUAAUCAAGGUUGACAAAAGAAUCUCUCACUUCAUGCUGCCUAUUGGGAUCAAUGCCAAUAUGGAUGGAACAGCCCUUUAUGAAGUAGCUGCGGCAGUUUUCAUUGCCCAGCUUAAUAGCAUGAGAUUAAACUGGAGCCAGCUAUUUACCAUUGGUGUGACGGUGGCAGUGUCUGCUAUAGGAGAAGCAGGAAUCCCGGCUACUGGAACGGCGACGACUCUCUUCAUUUUGACAGUAGUUGGGAUUCCCGUGAGGGAUGCUUCCCUUUUGCUGGUUAUAGAAUGGUUGCUAGAUCGCUGCAAUGGUACUGUUAAUGUUCUGGGAGACUGUGUUGGUGUGGCGCUCGUACAGCAUCUGUCAAGACAAGAACUGCAAAAAAUGGACGAGCUAGGAAUUCAGCAUCCCAGAGACCGGACAUCAAAAUGUGACAUUGAGGAUAUCCAUUCAGCCUCUACCAGCAGCCACUAGGUUGUUACGUCGACACAAAAGCCAAAUGAGCUGCCUGGGGUUGUCCUGUAACCGCAACUUGAAGGAUAUUUUCCUUGGGAACAUGGACUGCAGUGGAGCAUAAUUUUGUGUUGUUGUUAUUCUGUUACUCUUUUAUUAAAUUUAAUUUAUUUUUAUGGGUUCUUGGAAAUAAGCCCCAAUGAAUUGUUUGAUAUAUUUGGAGUCCAACUGAUCAAAUGCAGUAUUUAUGUAUUUAUUGCUUGGAUUUAUUUCCCAUCUUGUAUUUGUGUGUAUUUUGUCUUGUUUGUGCAGCAUAAAAAGAUGUAGCCUGGAAAUUAAUUGUAAUUUAUACAAA